CAUGCUUUUUCUACUUUUAAGCUCCUUUGACAAUUUUAAGUACCCUUCAUCCACUCUUUAGGACAUCUGGUCCUUUUUUCAGUACUAUAUAUGCAUUGCUUGUACAUUUUUGUCACUUAUAAGUACCAUUAUGCCUAGAUUUAUGCAUCUUAUCUCAAUUUUGCCUCCUUUUAUGUUCCUUUUAGGUACUUCUUGUCCAUUUAUCUGCACCUUUUACCUAUUUUUAGGUACUCUUGCCUGACCAACCUUUUGGUCAUUUAAUUCAUUUUAUUUACACUGUCUAAAACCCUGUUGUCCAUUUUGUUGACUUUUUCUUCACGAUUAUGUUCCUUUGUGUUUAUUUUCUGCGCCUUUUGCCAGUUUUUACAUCUCCUUUAUCAAAUUCUGAGCCAUAUUAUGCAUCCUUUACUCAUCUUUAGCCAUUUGGUCUGUUUUUGGGUUUAGUUUGUGUAAUUGAAGUGACUAUGUAUCCUGUCUCUAGGUGUAAGGUUAAAGGAGAACCGGUACCGUACCAUACCGUACCGUCCCCUCUCUCUCUGUCUGUAUCUGCCUUACGCUGAGCCACACGCACAAUACCUGCAGCUGGAGUUUUGUUCGUUCGGCUCGCGUUACGCAGGCUUUAGUCAAAGGACAGCUGACUCCUCCUCACCUUCACAGAGAGAUUUGAUAAAGAAGUCACACACACACACACACACACACACAGGUAUAUAAAGCUCACUGAUGAAGCAGAUGUUAGCAGAAGCCACCUGAAUGUUUUACAGGAUUAGUUUCCAUAGUGACGUACAGCUCACUGUUUAUUCAUCACACCCGCAUUAAUGUCAGAGCUCACAAACUCCACACCCUCCACCUGACCUCAAUGCACCUCUACCUGACCUCCACAUUCACAUCUGGCAAAGUCACUGUUUGUGUGUGUGUAAAGGCGCUGUGUCCCCUCCUGCUGGUCGGGUUAGAGCAUUACACACGUGUCUAUCUUGGUUUUGAGUGUGCGUGUGCUGACUGUGCAGGUCUGUGCCUCUCGCCCCGGGGCUCCGGCGGGGGUCAGUGAGGUAUAUAAGCACCCCGGGGCAGAGCGGCGGCGCAGUGAUUACACACAUACACACACCCCUGUACGCACGCACACACAGAGCAGCGGACAUGAACCCGGAGCAGCAGAUGGAGCAGAGGGGGAGUCAGUGGAGCAUCACCGUGUUCGAGGAGGAAUACUUCCAGGGAAAGUGCUGUCACUUCACCAUGGAGUGUCAGAACAUCCUGGACCGAGACUUCAGGAAGAUCCGCUCCAUCAAGGUGGAGAACGGACCGUGGGUGGGUUACGAGUACCCGGAGUACCAGGGACAGCAGUUUGUGUUGGAGAAGGGAGAUUAUCCGUGUUAUCAGGCCUGGAGUGGAAACAGCAGCUACCGCACCGAACACCUUCUGUCCUUCAGGCCCAUCCAUUGUGCUAAGCACAGUGACAGUAAGGUGUCCCUGUACGAGUGUGAGGAUUUCCAGGGCCGGAAGUUCGAGCUGUGUGAUGAUUAUCCGUCUCUGCAGGCCAUGGGCUGGUGCAGCAAAGAAGUACCGUCCAUCAAAGUCAACUCCGGAGCCUGGGUGGCGUACCAGUUCCCAGGUUAUCGUGGUUAUCAGUACAUCUUGGAGAGAGACCGACGCGAGGGCGAGUACAGAAACUACAACGAGUUCGGUACUCAGGCUCACACCAACCAGAUCCAGUCGAUCCGCAGGAUUCAGCAUUAAACACUGACACACACACACCCGCACACACACACACACACACACACACACCCUUCCUUGUACUUCCAUAAGCAAUGAUUAAACUGUGUGAAAACCCUCUCUGAGUGUCGUUUCUUUGCUUUUUAAACUAAACAGAAUGUCGGUUAAAACACGGACACGCUGCGUAACUGUCUCAGGACAUGACGAUCAUGAAGCAAAUAUUUCCAUAGAGAUCAAACACUAC